AUGCUUACACUUACUUCGAGUCACUUCACUUCACACCAGACACCAGCAAUCAAACCAUCUGCGAUCCACUAUCUAACAAAAAACCGGGGCCGUCCCAGACACAACCCACUUCCCCCACCCCCAAUAACCGGCUAUCUAACCUCUGGCACGGGGAAUGCCUCCGCAGACGACGCCGAGCGCGCCCACGACUUCUGCAAUCAAAUUCCCCUCUGGCUCCCCACCAUACCCUCAGAUGCAGUCUACCACAGCGUCCAAAUUCACGACCUACGCCCUGUGCACCCGCGCGAGCUGAACGGCGAGGUCCAGGCGGUCUCGUGCGGCCGCUGGAAAGCACGUAGCCAUGACGCGAACACGGACUGUGUGGUUCUGUCGCAGUUACCUGUUUACUUUGCUAUGAAGGAUUCACCGCUAGUGACUGAGGUCAAGAAGACUAUUUACUUUGAGGUUAAGGUGGAGGAGUUGCGGGGUGGGCUUGGAGGGGAUCCAGCGGGCAUUUCGCUUGGGUUUGUUGCGCAGCCUUAUCCGAGUUGGAGAUCGCCUGGUUGGGAGCGUGGGGGUUUGGGGGUGUUUUCAGAUGAUGGGUGUCGCUUUGUAAAUGAUUCCUAUGGGGGUAAGGACUUUACGCGUCCGAUUCAGGUCGGGGAGACGGUUGGAAUUGGGAUGAGGUUUGAGAUUGGCUAUAGCAACAAAGAUAAAUGUAACGUGGAUGUCUUCUUUACUCGACAAGGUGUUGAACAGUCUGGGUGGAACCUGCAUGAGGAGGUCGAUGGGGAAGAUGGGGGUGUCGAGGGAUUGGAAGGGGACUAUGACCUCUAUGCGGCAGUUGGGCUGUUCGGUGGCGUCAAAUUUGAGGCUUGUUUUGACCCUGCAGGUUGGCUCUGGAGGCCCCAAUAG